AUGUCGAACGGGAAGGCUUGGGAAGACUCCAGAAGCCCUACGAAUUUCCAAGAUGGGGCUGGAAUGCGUGCGAAAGGCCCAGAUGGGUUUUCAUCCCUUCAGGAUUCACUUGAGAGCAGAAAUGUUGCUUGUGGAGAAUUUCUUGGUCGUCUUAAUGAAUCAUUGGUAGUUUGGGGUGACAGAUUACCAAUUGAGGCAAGAACCCUAAUCAUUGAAUUUCUUGUUUCUCUUCCACCCUUCGUGCUUUCUCUUCUCCUCUUCUCUGCUUCCGUAAUCCUAGAUUUUCCUCUCCCUUCUCAGUUUCUGCUUCUGCUUCCACUGCUAAGGAAACCGACAGCUUGUAUCUCAACUCUCUUUCGCUUGGCCACACAACUCGCCCUGAUUUUCUCAUCCUCCAUCAGUGCGAAAGCAACUGAUGAGUAUGAUCGGGCAAGGAAGAAAGUUGCGUCCUUUAUCAAUGCUGGAGAUGCUAAAGAGAUCGUUUUUACUAAGAAUGCAACUGAAGCUAUCAAUCUAGUGGCUUAUUCUUGGGGCCUAGCGAAUCUGAAAUCGGAAGAUGAGAUGAUACUUACGGUUGUUGAACAUCAUAGUGCCAUUGUUCCUUGGCAACUUGUAACUGAAAGGACUGAUGCUGUUCUGAAGUUUGUAAGUUUAGGUGAACAUGAUGUCCCAAACUCACUAGACUUAAAGGAAAUGUUUUCAACAAAAACAAAGCUUGUGGUUACCCAUCAUGUCUCAAAUGUACUAGAUUUGAAGUUGGGCGCUGGCAAUUGGAGAGGCAAUUGGUUUGAGAGAUGCUGUUGAUUAUUUAUCUGGGAACGGAAUGCAAAAAAAUCAUAGUUAUGAACUCCCACAACAAAUGUUCAACAUGCUGCACUGUGUUCUUUCAAUAUUGGAGACAUUCAUCCAACGGACAUUGCAACAUUUCUCGAUCAACAAGUAUGUCCCGGAAUUUGGUGCCUAUGAAAUACUUUUGAUCCAUCAAAUCAGGACAUCACUGUGUGCAGCCCCUCCAUCGGGCUCUCAAUGUCAGCUCAAGUGCUCAAACUAGCCUUUACUUCUACAAGACUAAAGAGGAUGUGGACUACUUUAUCCAGGCUCUAAACGACACCGUAAGUUUCUUCGACACUUUCAAGUAGAGAGAUCCAGUAAUACUGAACUCCUUUGUUUGAUGGUCCACAACUCGAAUUUAACCUUCUAGACUGCAAGGAUUAUGAUAUGUUUCUCGCUCUAAAGAAGAUCGUCUUUGUGUUAUCUUCAGCGUCACAUUUACUACAAGAUCCUUGUGCAUAUAGUUUUCUUGUAAGACCGUAGAUUUCUCAUAGUUUUUUAAGACUUUAGUGUACUUAUAAAUUACUUGAUUAAGCAAUGGUUUCAUAGACUACAUUUUCUCUCCAUAA